UCGGGGCGGAGAGUGCGGUGGAGCGCACCCAGACCAUGCCCGGGAGGCUGAUGACCGCUGGCCACAGGAGACCCUAGGCGGGCAUGGACUUGACCUCCCGGCCCUAGGGAGCCUCGAGCCUCACUCCUCUGCUCGGACUCGCCGGACCAACGGGAUGGCCUCGGAGGUGGUGUGUGGACUCGUCUUCAGGCUGCUGCUGCCAAUCUGCCUGGCAGUAGCGUGUGCAUUCCGCUACAAUGGGCUCUCCUUUGUCUACCUGGUCUACCUCUUACUCAUCCCUCUCUUCUCAGAACCAACAAAAGCCACAAUGCAAGGCCACACAGGACGGUUGCUGAAGUCGCUGUGCCUCACCAGCUUCUCCUUCCUGGCACUGCACGUCAUUUUCCACAUCACCUUGGCCAGCCUUGAAGCCCAGCACCGCAUUGCGCCUGGUUAUAACUGCUCAACAUGGGAAAAGACAUUUCGGCAGAUUGGCUUUGAAAGCUUAAAAGGAGCCGACGCUGGCAACGGGAUCCGCGUGUUUGUACCGGACAUUGGCAUGUUCCUCGCCAGCCUCACCAUCUGGCUCAUCUGCAGGAAUAUCGUUCAGAAACCAGUGACGGAAGAAGCAGCACAGGUUAACCCUGAGUUUGAUCACGAAGAAUUGACCGGAGGAGAGAAAGUGGACCCAGAAGAGGCGCUCAUCUAUGACGAGGACUUUGAUGGAGGAGAUGGCGCGGAGGGGGAGCUGGAGGAGAGCGCCAGGCUGAAGCUGUUCCGCAGGUUCGCCUCCGCGGCCUCCCGGCUCAAGGAGUUCAUCGGCAACAUGAUAACCACCGCAGGAAAAGUCGUGGUGACCAUCUUACUGGGCUCCUCGGGUAUGAUAUUACCGUCUCUGACGUCAUCGGUGUACUUCUUCGUGUUUCUGGGACUGUGCACGUGGUGGUCCUGGUGCCGCACCUUCGACCCGCUGCUGUUCAGCUGCCUCUGUGUCUUGCUGGCCAUUUUCAGUGCUGGACACCUGAUUGGACUGUAUUUAUACCAGUUCCAGUUUUUCCAGGAAGCAGUUCCACCCAACGACUACUACGCAAGGUUGUUUGGCAUCAAAUCAGUCAUUCAAACAGACUGUUCCAGUACUUGGAAAAUCAUAGUAAACCCAGACCUGUCAUGGUACCAUCAUGCCAACCCCAUCCUCCUGCUCGUGAUGUACUACACGCUGGCCACGCUCAUCCGAAUCUGGCUCCAAGAACCCCUGGUGCAGGAGGACAAGGCCAAGGAAGAAGACAGAGCCCUGGCCUGUAGCCCCGUCCAGAUCACAGCCGAGAGGAGGCGGAGCCUUUGGUAUGCCACCCAUUACCCAACUGAUGAGAGAAAACUUUUAUCCAUGACCCACGAUGACUACAAGCCAUCUGAUGGCCUGCUGGUGACGGUGAAUGGCAACCCAGUGGAUUACCACACCAUCCACCCCAGCCUGCCCGUGGAGAACGGCCCCGCCAAGCCUGACCUGUACUCAACGCCCCAGUACCGCUGGCAGCCCUCGGGUGAAUCCUCAGAAAAGAAAGAUGAAGAUGAGGAUGAGAAAGAAGAGUUUGACGAGGAAAGAAGCUAUGAGGAAAAGAGAAGCGUGAAAGUCCACGCCAUGGUCUCCGUAUUCCAGUUCAUCAUGAAGCAGAGCUACAUCUGUGCCCUCAUUGCGAUGAUGGCUUGGAGCAUCACUUACCACAGCUGGCUGACUUUCGUGCUGUUGAUCUGGUCGUGUACUCUGUGGAUGAUUCGCAACAGGAGAAAAUACGCCAUGAUCAGCUCUCCCUUCAUGGUGGUGUAUGGAAAUCUACUCCUGGUGUUGCAAUACAUAUGGAGUUUCGAACUUCCAGAAAUUAAAAAGGUCCCAGGGUUUUUGGAAAAGAAAGAGCCAGGAGAACUUGCUUCGAAGAUUCUCUUCACCAUCACCUUCUGGCUUCUGUUAAGACAGCACCUCACAGAGCAGAAGGCCCUUCGAGAGAAGGAAGCCCUUUUAUCUGAAGUCAAAAUUGGAAGUGAGGACAGUGAAGACAAAGAUGAGGAACUUCACGACCUUCCUGUGGAAGGGGAGCCCCAAGCCAAGGAGGAAGAUGAGGAAGCAAAGGAGGAGAAACCCGAGAGAAGAAAGGAGGUGGAGGAGGAGGAGGUGGAGGAGGACGACGAGCAGGACAUCAUGAAGGUGCUGGGCAACCUGGUGGUGGCCAUGUUCAUCAAGUACUGGAUCUACGUGUGCGGGGGCAUGUUCUUCUUCGUCAGCUUCGAGGGAAAGAUUGUAAUGUACAAGAUCAUCUACAUGGUGCUCUUCCUCUUCUGCGUGGCCUUGUACCAGGUGCACUAUGAGUGGUGGAGGAAAAUUCUGAAGUAUUUUUGGAUGUCGGUGGUUAUUUACACCAUGCUGGUGCUUAUCUUUAUAUAUACAUAUCAGUUUGAAAACUUCCCAGGCCUGUGGCAAAAUAUGACUGGAUUGAAAAAAGAAAAGCUGGAGGACCUUGGCUUGAAGCAGUUCACGGUGGCCGAGCUGUUCACGCGCAUCUUCAUCCCAACCUCCUUCCUCCUGGUGUGCAUCCUACACCUUCACUAUUUCCACGACCGCUUCCUUGAACUCACAGACCUCAAGGCCAUCCCCAGCAAGGAAGACAACACCAUCUACAGAUUGGCCCACCCUGAAGGAAGUCUUCCAGACCUCGCGGCAAUGAACCUGACUGCGGGCCUGGAGAAACCGGAAGUGAAGAAGUUGACCGAGGCCGCAGAGGAGAAAGCAGAGGGGUUCUCCGAGAAGGCUGAGCUUGGGAAAGACAGCGAAGGGUCUGAAGAGGACGGAGAUGAGGAGUCUGAGGAGGAGGGAGAAACAUCAGAUCUUAGGAACAAAUGGCACCUGGUAAUCGACCGCCUCACUGUGCUCUUCCUGAAAUUCCUGGAGUAUUUUCACAAGCUGCAGGUGUUCAUGUGGUGGAUUCUGGAGCUGCACAUCAUCAAGAUUGUGUCCUCCUACAUCAUCUGGGUUGCUGUGAAAGAGGUGUCUCUGUUCAACUACGUGUUUUUGAUUUCCUGGGCGUUUGCUCUGCCGUAUGCCAAGCUCCGCCGCCUGGCUUCCAGCGUCUGCACUGUCUGGACAUGUGUGAUCAUCGUCUGCAAGAUGUUGUACCAGCUUCAGACCAUUAAGCCUGAGAACUUUUCUGUUAACUGUUCCCUGCCAAAUGAAAAUCAAACGAAUAUACCCCUUGCAGAGCUGAACAAGUCUCUUCUCUACAGUGCUCCCAUUGAUCCGACAGAGUGGGUUGGCCUCAGAAAGUCUUCUCCUUUGCUUGUGUACCUGAGGAACAAUCUGCUGAUGCUGGCCAUUCUGGCCUUUGAAGUCACCAUUUAUCGCCAUCAAGAAUACUACCGGGGCCGGAACAAACUUACAGCUCCCGUGUCUAAGACAAUCUUCCAUGACAUCACAAGACUCCACCUAGACGACGGGCUGGUUAACUGUGCCAAGUAUUUCAUUAAUUACUUCUUCUACAAAUUUGGUCUGGAGACCUGUUUCCUAAUGUCAGUGAACGUGAUUGGUCAGCGGAUGGAUUUCUAUGCCAUGAUCCACGCCUGUUGGCUCAUCGCAGUCUUGUACCGCCGCAGAAGGAAAGCCAUCGCAGAGGUCUGGCCCAAAUACUGCUGCUUCCUGGCUUGCAUCAUCACCUUCCAGUACUUCAUCUGCGUUGGUAUCCCUCCUUCCCCCUGCCGAGAUUACCCAUGGAGGUUCAAGGGUGCCAACUUCAACGAUAACAUCAUCAAGUGGUUGUACUUCCCAGACUUCAUUGUGAGGCCCAACCCCGUGUUCCUUGUCUAUGACUUCAUGCUGCUCCUCUGUGCCUCCCUGCAAAGGCAGAUAUUUGAGGAUGAAAAUAAAGCUGCCGUGCGAAUCCUGGCUGGGGACAACGUUGAGAUCUGCAUGAACCUCGAUGCGGCCUCCUUCAGCCAGCACAACCCCGUGCCAGACUUCAUUCACUGCAGGUCUUACUUAGACAUGUCCAAAGUAGUCAUCUUCAGCUACCUCUUCUGGUUCGUCUUGACCAUCAUCUUCAUCACGGGCACGACCCGAAUCAGCAUCUUCUGCAUGGGCUACCUGGUGGCCUGUUUCUACUUCCUGCUCUUCGGGGGUGACUUGCUGCUGAAGCCCAUCAGGAGCAUCCUGCGUUACUGGGACUGGCUGAUCGCCUACAACGUCUUUGUGAUCACCAUGAAAAACAUCCUGUCGAUAGGAGCUUGUGGGUACAUUGGAACGCUAGUGAAAAAUAGCUGCUGGUUGAUCCAAGCUUUCAGCCUGGCCUGCACAGUCAAAGGCUAUAAAAUGCCUGAUGACGACUCCUCCUGCAAACUGCCCAGUGGGGAAGCGGGGAUUAUCUGGGACAGCAUCUGCUUUGCCUUCCUCCUGCUGCAAAGGAGAGUGUUCAUGAGUUAUUACUUCCUGCACGUCGUGGCUGACAUAAAAGCCUCACAGAUCCUGGCGUCAAGAGGGGCUGAACUUUUCCAGGCCACAAUUGUGAAAGCUGUCAAGGCAAGAAUUGAGGAAGAGAAAAAAUCCAUGGAUCAGCUAAAAAGACAGAUGGAUCGCAUAAAGGCCAGGCAACAGAAAUACAAAAAGGGUAAGGAGAGGAUGCUGAGCUUGACCCAGGAAUCGGGGGAAGGCCAGGACAUCCAAAAGCUCUCUGAAGAGGAUGAUGAAAGAGAAGCAGACAAACAGAAAGCCAAGGGCAAAAAAAAGCAGUGGUGGCGGCCUUGGGUUGAUCAUGCUUCCAUGGUCAGGAGUGGAGAUUAUUAUUUGUUUGAAACGGAUAGUGAAGAAGAGGAAGAGGAAGAACUAAAAAAGGAAGAUGAAGAACCUCCACGGAAGUCAGCAUUCCAGAGAGCUAUUGGGAAGUUUGCAUCAGCCAUUUUAGCCUUGCCAAAGUCUGUCAUUAAACUUCCCAAAACUAUUCUUCAGUAUUUAAUCAGAGCUGCAAAGUUUGUCUACCAAGCCUGGAUUACUGAUCCUAAAACAGCCCUACGACAGAGGCGUAAAGAAAAGAGGUCGGCGCGAGAAGAGCAGGCCCAAAGGCGGAAAGCCUCGGGGGAUGGUCCCGUGGAGUGGGAAGACCGGGAGGAUGAGCCAAUCAAAAAGAAGUCCGAUGGCCCAGACAACAUCAUCAAAAGGAUAUUUAACAUCUUGAAGUUCACCUGGGUGCUGUUUCUGGCAACUGUGGACAGCUUCACCACGUGGCUGAACUCCAUUUCCAGGGAGCACAUUGACAUAUCGACGGUUCUGAGAAUUGAGAGGUGUAUGCUGACCAGGGAAAUUAAGAAGGGCAACGUUCCAACGCGGGAGAGCAUCCACAUGUACUACCAGAACCACAUCAUGAACCUUUCCAGAGAGUCGGGCCUGGACUCCAUCGACCAGCAUCCCGGAGCUGCCUCGGGGACACAGCCAGCACACAGGGCCGACAGCUUGGACUCGCAUGACAGCAUCUCCAGCUGCUACACUGAAGCAACCAUGCUGUUCUCAAGGCAGUCUACCCUUGAUGAUUUAGAUGGAUCAGACACGGUUCCCAAAACAAGCGAGCGCGCACGGCCUAGGCUCCGUAAAGUGUUCAGCAUGGAUAUGUCCUCCUCAUCUGCUGACAGUGGCAGUUUAGCAUCAAGCGAGCCCACACAGUGUACCAUGCUGUACUCACGCCAGGGGACCACAGAAACCAUCGAGGAGGUGGAGGCUGAGCAGGAGGAAGAGGUGCUGGGUGUGGCGCCCCAGCCUGGAGACGCUGAGGAUGAGGAGGAAGAUGAGGAGGAAGAAGAGGAAGAGGAAGGAGAAGAUGAGGAGGAAGAAGAGGAGGAGGAGGAAGAAGAGAGAGAGGAGGAAAUGGAGUUUGCCGUGGGGGCGGAGGACGCCAGCCUCACCCCAGAGGAGGAGCUGCCACAGUUCUGCGUGGAGGAUGGGGAUGUGGAGGCCCCACCCUCCUACAGCAAGGCCGUCAGCUUUGAGCACCUGUCCUUUGGCUCACAGGAUGAUGAUGGGGCCAAAAACCACAUGGUGGUGAGCCCUGAUGACAGCCGCACGGACAAGCUGGAAUCCAGCAUCCUACCUGCCCUGACUCACGAGCUGACCGCCAGCGAGCUGCUGCUCAACAAGAUGUUUCACGAUGACGAGCUGGAAGAGUCGGAGAAGUUCUAUGUGCACCAGCCCCGCUUCCUGCUGCUGUUCUAUGCCAUGUACAACACGUUGGUGGCACGCUCGGAAAUGGUGUGCUACUUCGUUAUCAUCCUCAACCACAUGGUCUCCGCCUCCAUGAUCACCCUGCUGCUGCCCAUCCUCAUCUUCCUCUGGGCCAUGCUGUCUGUGCCCAGGCCCAGCCGUCGCUUCUGGAUGAUGGCCAUCGUCUACACCGAGGUGGCAAUUGUAGUCAAGUAUUUCUUCCAAUUUGGGUUCUUUCCAUGGAAUAAGAAUGUGGAAUUGAACAAAGAUAAACCUUACCACCCCCCAAAUAUCAUAGGAGUGGAAAAAAAGGAAGGUUACGUCCUUUACGACCUCAUUCAGCUCCUGGCUCUGUUCUUCCACCGCUCCAUACUGAAGUGCCACGGCUUAUGGGAUGAAGAUGACAUUGUUGAAAGUGCCACGGACAAGGACGAGUCUGACAAUGAACUCUCCAUGGGUACCGGGAGAAGGGACUCCUGCGACUCGCUCAAGUCCAUCAACCUGGCCGCAUCGGUAGAGUCAGUGCACAUGACCUUCCCAGAGCAGCAGGUGGCUGUCCACAGGAAACGCUCUGGCGGCAGCUCCCAGAUCUCCCCAACGUCCAGCUUUUCUUCAAACAGGUCCAGAAGAGGAAGUACAAGCACCCGCAACAGCAGUCAAAAAGGCAGCAGUGUCUUGAGCAUUAAGCAAAAAAGUAAAAGGGAACUCUACUUGGAAAAACUGCAGGAACACUUAAUCAAAGCAAAAGCAUUUACCAUAAAGAAGACGCUGCAAAUAUAUGUGCCCAUCAGACAGUUCUUCUACGACCUCAUCCAUCCCGACUACAGUGCAGUGACAGAUGUCUACGUGCUCAUGUUCCUGGCGGACACCGUGGACUUCAUCAUCAUUGUCUUCGGGUUUUGGGCCUUUGGGAAACACUCCGCAGCGGCUGACAUCACGUCCUCUCUGUCGGAGGACCAGGUCCCAGGACCCUUCUUGGUAAUGGUCCUGAUUCAGUUUGGAACCAUGGUGGUGGACCGAGCGCUCUACCUUAGGAAGACCGUGUUGGGCAAGGUCAUUUUCCAGGUCAUCCUUGUGUUUGGAAUUCACUUCUGGAUGUUCUUCAUCUUGCCUGGCGUGACUGAGAGGAAAUUCAGUCAGAACCUGGUUGCCCAGUUGUGGUACUUUGUGAAAUGUGUCUACUUUGGAUUGUCUGCUUACCAAAUCCGGUGUGGCUACCCAACACGCGUCCUUGGAAACUUCCUCACCAAGAGCUACAACUACGUCAAUCUCUUCCUUUUUCAGGGGUUCCGCCUCGUGCCGUUUCUGACGGAGCUGCGGGCAGUGAUGGACUGGGUGUGGACAGACACAACCCUGAGCCUCUCCAGCUGGAUCUGCGUGGAAGACAUCUACGCUCACAUCUUCAUCCUCAAGUGCUGGCGGGAAUCAGAAAAGAGGUAUCCGCAGCCCCGGGGCCAGAAGAAGAAGAAGGUGGUGAAGUAUGGCAUGGGGGGCAUGAUCAUCGUCCUGCUCAUCUGCAUCGUCUGGUUCCCUCUGCUCUUCAUGUCGCUCAUCAAAUCUGUCGCUGGGGUCAUCAACCAGCCUCUGGAUGUGUCUGUCACAAUCACCCUGGGAGGAUAUCAGCCUAUUUUCACCAUGAGCGCCCAGCAAAGCCAACUGAAAGUGAUGGACCAGCCAACAUUCGGCAGAUUUCUACAAGCUUUCUCUAGGGACACUGGUGCUAUGCAAUUUCUGGAGAAUUAUGAAAGAGAAGAUAUAACAGUAGCAGAACUGGAAGGAAACUCCAAUUCCUUGUGGACCAUCAGCCCACCUAGUAAGCGCAAAAUGAUAGAAGAACUCAUGGACACCAACAGUGACUUCUCUGUCGUGUUUUCAUGGAGUAUUCAGAGAAACAUGAGUCUGGGUGCGAAAGCAGAAAUAGCAACAGAUAAGCUUUCUUUUACUCUCACAAAUAUUACACGAGAGAAUAUAGCUAAAAUGAUAGCCGGCAACAACACAGAGAGUUCAAAAACACCCGUGAUAAUAGAAAAGAUCUACCCAUAUUAUGUGAAAGCACCUAGUGAUUCUAAUUCGAAACCCAUAAAGCAACUUUUAUCUGAAAGUAAUUUCAUGAAUAUAACCAUCAUUUUGUCCAGAGACAACACAAGUAAAUCCAACAGUGAAUGGUGGGUGCUCAACCUGACAGGAAAUCGAAUCUAUGAGCAGCAGUCCCAGGCCUUGGAGCUGGUGGUCUUCAACGACAAAGUCAGUCCCCCCAGUCUGGGGUUCCUGGCUGGCUAUGGUAUCAUGGGACUGUACGCUUCAGUGGUCCUGGUGAUUGGGAAAUUUGUCCGUGAGUUCUUCAGUGGAAUUUCUCACUCCAUCAUGUUUGAAGAGUUGCCAAAUGUGGAUCGAAUUUUGAAGUUAUGCACAGAUAUUUUUUUAGUCCGAGAGACGGGGGAACUGGAACUAGAAGAAGAUCUUUAUGCCAAAUUAAUAUUCCUCUACCGUUCACCAGAAACGAUGAUCAAAUGGACCAGAGAGAAAACAAACUGAUACCUUAGGACCCAGGCUGCAAAGAAAGCUGACAUUUGAAAAUGUUUUUAAAGAAAAAAAAAAAAAGCACAAUAUUCUCCUAAGAGCUAAGCAUUUCUCGUUCGACAGAAAUGGCUUCUGUUCUCACAGGUGGCAGGGAGGACCUGACUUCCUUUUGCAGUAGAAAGUUGCCAUGCAAGUGAGGACAACAGGGAAGAAGUUCCUUCUAAUUCCGUGUCUCUGAAAUCAGGGCUACUUGCUUUAUGUGUUAGUCAAGUGCGUCUUGCAUCCUGAUUGACAAUGUGAAGGAAUCACGUGGUAUCCACUGAGAGGGUGGACAAGAGAAAGGCGCCCCCAGGCGGGCCAGAUGAGACCGCCAGCUCUCCUGUACCUGGAGAAGCUUGAGGCCAAGAGAUUGUGCCCUCAGCACACUCCAAAUACUAAACAGCAAUAGGAAGCAGAAAACUCCCCACCCCGUGUCUAGCAUGGGGAGAACACGAGGGAAGGAACAAAGCCCCAAAGAUGUCCCUGGAGAGACAUGUCUCAUUCUAAGCAAAAAGAUAACAUUAGCGAUAUCCUUACUGCCUUAUCGUAACUGAAGACUAUGAAGAAAUCUUUCCAUUAAACACCAGUGACUUCUCAGGAAACCAUUGAAAGCAGCAAAGCACCUGCGUGGACCCCUGCUUAGCUGAGGCCCGGAAGUGGCUCCAUUGUGCUUCAAUUUCUGCCCUUCCUAGAAACAGACUUGGGACAGAACACCCUGAAGGCCAACCCAGAUGGAGUUGGAAUCCUCUGACUUUGGAACUCUUGGAUAACUAAGGUCGUGGUGGCUCUUCUGCCGUUUGCCAUUCCCCACGUGCUUGCUCCCGUUUCCAUCACCUGAGGCAAUG